AACCUUUCUUCGAAAACAAAAAAACCAGCCCUCGGUGCGACAUAUGUGGUAGGGUGUAGUGCUUUUCGCGAUGGUAGUCUUCGCCUGUAUUUGGUCCGUAGAGGAUUCACUACCGCGUCCCUCACGCAGAAAACAAUAUACGCGAAUGGAUCGGAAACAGAUAUGUCGCUCGAUCAUUGGGGAUUACCGAUGGGUAUUCUACCGGGCACUAUUUCAAAAAUUUCGAAAACAAACGUACUAUUUGCAUAUAUGAACAUAACUAACUUAGUUCCAGAUGAAGAGGGCCCGAUUCAAGAAGACACUUGGGCCGGAAUCGCUGACGAGAACGGAAACCUACUGCAACGCAUGCUUUUGGUGGAAAACGAAGACUUCGAUAACAUAAAUGAUACCUUUGGGGUCAAAAGCAGGGGUCGUCAGUUGGUGGCCAAUGGCGAUAACUUUAUAUAUGUGAGUACCAAAUAUUCAAGAGGAGCUUGCGUUUAUUAUCAAAAAAUCACGGAUCAAUGUAAAACCAUCGUGUGGAAGGUAUAUAAAAACAUGACCCUAGCGGGUUCGAAUCGAUACAACACUACUGUGGAACAAGGAUGUGUUAGAUCUUACAGUGCCGAACCAACAAUGGAUGGCGGAUUCCUGAUUGUCUGGUCUGUCACGAUUUCUCCAAAUUCAACAUCACUACAAACCCAAAGCCAAGUGUAUGCUGUAUUCUUGAUGCCAGAUUUUGCUUACGUCAAGACAAAUCCAUUCGUGAUAUUUUCUGGCUUCAUGGCAUAUGAAAUAAAAAUUUUAGCGUGUGCAGGAUCUAAAUUUGGUCAAGGGUUUAAUUGUUUCUUGCAAUUACGGACGGACAUAAUUGAAAAUGAUGCUCAACCGUACCAAGUAACUUUCUUAUCAAGUGGAAUGAUUUACGACGUUAUGCGCCUUGGAUCGAAUAUCACAGACAUCCAACCAUCUUUCGAGGAUUUUCUUGACGUUAUGGUCUUACCCUUAGAGUACGGAGGUUUUCUUUUGGUAUAUAGUAGCCUACGUCAGGGUUUUGAUUACGAAGAUUCUUUCGCAAGAGGUAUCCUUAAUAUUUUUUCAACAGAUAGUAAACUGGACAGGGAGCAAACCACGCGCGAGGUUUAUACUGGUGGUGCCUGUAUUUUCCCAAAUAAUACGGCGGUACUUACAGGAAUUCCGUCAGAUUGGUGGGACUUAACGACUCCAAGAGGCUAUGCCAUAUAUACCAUAGAUUUGCCCAGGUUUCAUAAUAAAGAUAACGGGUAUCAAAAUCCAAAUAUUCUCUCAUCAGAACCUGCAGUAAAAGCCACUAACGUCCCAACAACAUCUGACUCCACGUCUUUUUUCUUAAGCCUCAAUUAUCGAGGUCAAGUCGUGCUUUCUGGCCGUGGCAGCAUAAAU